CAGUCGGUGAGCUCGUCAGUUGAUGUGCUUGUGGUUGCAGCAUAUGACGGGGUUCCACGUCCUGUUUAGCGUAGUCAUGGUAACAUGCGUGCUGGGAGACGAACAGGAAUAUCGACUCACGCGCUAUCUGAUGGCCAACUAUGAUCCUUCGGUUCGUCCAGCCGAAAAUUCGUCGGAACCGCUCAAGGUCGUGUUCGGCGUCUCCUUGCAUCACAUUAUCGACGUUGACGAGAAAAAUCAGAUCCUGACUACGAACUGCUGGCUGACGCAAAUAUGGACCGACCAUCAUCUCAAAUGGAACGCUUCAGACUUCGCAGGUAUCAAGGUCAUCAGGGUGCCGUACCAGAGGGUCUGGAGACCGGACACCGUUCUCUACAAUAAUGCGGACUCCCAGUACAACUCGGCUGUUAUCAACACAAAUGUAAUCGUAAAUUACGCCGGGGAAGUGGUGUGGCUGAGUCACGGCAUAUUUCGGAGUUCCUGUGACAUCAACGUUGAAUAUUUCCCCUUCGACGUGCAGAGCUGCACUAUGAAGUGGGCUUCAUGGACGUAUGAUGGUUAUCAGCUGGACCUGGUGAAGCAGACAGAGGACGGUGACGUCACCAACUACCAGGCUAACGGUGAGUUCGACCUGGUCAGUUUCGAUGCUGUCCGACAUGUCGAGUUCUACUCAUGUUGUCCAGAGCCCUAUCCUGACAUCACAUACAUCAUACAGCUCAGGAGGCGACCUAUGUUCUACGUUUACAACCUCAUUCUGCCUUGCAUACUUAUCAAUGGCAUUGCACUGCUCGUAUUUUACGUUCCGUCCGAGUCAGGCGAGAAGGUGACCUUAGGCAUCAGUGCUCUGUUGUCUAUGACAGUAUUCCUCAUGACCAUAAGAGAGAGCCUUCCACCAACAGAGAAGACUCCUUUAAUUGGUCUCUAUUAUGGAGUUAGCAUUUGCCUGGUAACAUUUGCAACAGGCUUGUCAGUUGUGACACUCAAUGUAUACCAUCGUGGAGUGAGGGGAACUGGUGUGCCCAGAAUUGUCAAGACCCUCAUUCUUGGCAAGUUGGCCAGGCUUGUUUUCUUCCAGUUUGAACCACGAGACAAACAUGGACCUUCAAUGCAACAUGACAUCAAUCCACGAACAGGCACACGGCUAGACUGUCCACGUCCGCCAGAUAACAAGUGGACAACAGAGAGUGAAGUGGAUUAUCUGGAUCCUCAGCAGAUGUCUCCUCGUUUCCUGCCUCGUCGUAGCCGCACGGAUUCAACACCAGACAGUUUUGAGGCACAGUUUCUGCGUGUACUGAACAAGGUGAACCAUACAAUUGAGCACAAUGAACUGCGUCUUGCGGAACAGGAACGUCGUGAUGUGGCAGAGAUAGAGUGGAAGCAGGUUGCCCUAGUUUGUGACAGGUUCUUGCUGUGGGCGUUUCUCCUGACAACUGCCAUAACGACAACAGUUAUCCUUUGUGGCUCACCAUAUGGACCCUGAUGUUUUAGCAUUGUUAUGUGGUGAAGAAUCCGAAUGAACCAUUUUUUGUAUGAUUAUCUAAUACAAUUGUCAUCUUGGUAUGAUUAUAUAAUAUAAUUGUCACAUUGGGUUAAAAGGAAAAGAUGUUUCAGGAAUUCAUCUUGCAUAUUGACAUAUUCAAAGAACCAUUACAGUUCUUGUACUGAUAUAAAGAGAAGAGAUCUGGUAAGGUAAUCUUGGUAUAAUCACACAACAAUUGCCAGGCUAGAAGUGACACUUUCAAAAUUUCAAUUAGCUGAUAUCCAGUGCACCAGCAUGAGUUGGCCAUCAUGUUGGACAGGAGAGUGUGACUUUUGGAUGCCAAGCCAUGACAAGUUGCCUUCACUCUCUGACAGUAAAUGGGCUAAAAAUGUAUUGUAUACCAUCAUGGCUAGUGGCAAUGAAAUUGUAUGGACUGGCCACAUGAAUAUUCUGUGUGUCUGUUACUUUAUGACAGUGUCAGUGACUAGACUAUAUAGUGUCGAAUGGUAUGAUGAUAGAUGAGUUGCAGAGGAUUUAAAAAGAAGCAGUUGUGACAUAAUGGAGAUACCACCCUGUGACUCAGGCUGGGGGACUGAUGAAAACCAUGAAAAACCUGUCAGGAUAGAUGGUGUCUCAUCUGAGAUUCCAACUGAGCACCUCCAAAAUAUAUGUCAAGAUUUUUACUGCUAUGGCAACUAGUUUGGGGGCUACAUUCAGAUGAAAGGGACUGAAAGAGAGUGCUCCUUCUGGAUUGAACGCAUAUUCUGAGGUAUAACAUUUAGAGACAGUGUUAAGAGUCAGAGCAAUAACCAGAAGCCAAACAGAGGCAAACUGUAGGCAAACUAUUCAGCUUGUAAGCCUUCUGGGACACCCUUAUGGAAUGUCACAAACAAUGCAUUACAUUUUAUGACCAUCUAAAACUGUUUAUGAACCUUGAGGCCACUGUUUUAGAUUUUAAAAACAAAAAACUUGAUUGCAGGAUAUGUUAUGCAGCUCGAAUCAUGAACUGAAUUCUGGAUUAUAUUAUUCUGUUGUUGAGGUUUUGGGGUUAUGGUAACAUGUUCACAAGCAUACCUACGCAGGAAAACAUACAUUGGAGUGGCACAUAAGACUGAUUUCAAAUCAUUGUGUGAUUUAAUUUUAAAUUUCCUAACUUACUUUAUAACAUUAAUCUGUACAAAAAGCAGUAAUAACUUGCCUGAAACAUUAGUUAACAUUCCUAGAAAAUGUAACUGUAAGGUAAACUACUUUCAGAGAACUCAAAAAAUGAAGAAUAAGAUGCACUGAUAUGUUGGGUUUUUGGACUUUAUCCAUCGUCCUGGUUUUUAAGAUAACCAUCAUCAGAAUCCUAUAGUAACUACAAGAAUAAGAUGGUUUGAUGGGAAAUUGGCCAACACUUUUCAUGGGAGAAAAUUUACCAAAAAUGACUCGGCUCUACACGGCAUAAAAGUUCAAAACUUUCUCCAUCAUGUAUCUCUUCCUCUGAUGAGGACAUGUUCCACCAUGUACCCCUUUCAUCUUUAAAUCAAUGAGUUUUGUAUUUGUAUUUAUUUUAAGUUCAAGAGACCCAAAGAUGGAUAUAGAACAUGUCAUAAAAUAAUAUAGAGCAUAGAAUACAUACAUAGUUAUUACACAACUAGACAGUACAAUGAAUACAAUAAUAAUAAAAGUUAUCUAUUUAGAUAUAUAGAAAUAUACAUGUCUAUUUCAGCUUUAAAGGUAAUCUAUUAUUCCUAUUAUUCACUCCUUAAUGAGCUAUGGUAUCAUCUUUUGGGGAAAUUCAUCUCAUAGUUCUACUAUUUUUCUUCUCCAAAAAAAGGCAAUCAGAGCAAUGUUGGGAUAUGGCAAUAGAGUUUCGUGUAGAAACAUAUUUAAAGAAUUAAAUAUUUUAUCAUUUGCAUCACAAUAUAUAUUUUCGUUUUUAGUAUUUAUAUUGCAAAAUAAAGUUCUAUUUCCAUCAAACAUUGAUUCUCAUACUAUUGAUACUUGACAAAGACAAGAUUUGUAUCUACCUCAAGCUAAUUUAACUAUUUAUCAAAAAGGAGUUUAUUAUGCGGGUAGAAAAAUAUUCAAUAAAUUGCUCAUAGAGAUGAAGAACACAUCUAAUAAUGUUAAAAAGUUUGAGGUUGUAUUAAGGCAUUUCUUGAAUACUGUAUUGUAUUUUAUUUCAUCCGUUUUGCUAUGUAGUAGCACUUGGACAUGUCAUUCAGUAAUACAGGUUAACAAAAUAAAUCUACAAAGUUACAAGCAUAUUACCAACAUUUGUUACAAACAUAAGCAAUAUAUAAAUACAACAUUGCAAAAAAUAUACAAACUACUAUAUACAGUUCAUGAAUGGCUAUGACAUCCAAUCAUAAGUACUUGCACCAUCAACUUUUUUAUUAAACCUAACAAAUUCAUUUAUCAUAUAAAAAGAAUGUUUCAAUAAAAAUGAUUUUAAGUCUUUUUUAAAAGCUGAAAAACCCACCAAGAUUUUUAUUUUGUUUGGCACCUUACUAUACAGUUCUAUCCCCAAAUACUGAAAUAGACAUAUAAUAUUUCAUAUUUCUAACAAAUACAGAAAACUUUUGUGCUAAUUUCAUGAGUUCCUCCAUUUUUUCGCUUCAUUUCAAGAUGUAUUACAUGUGUUUUAUGUUGUGAAGGAUACUUGCUGGAAUUAAAGCAAACAAGAGUGGGAAAUUGUAUCACUGGGGUACACAUAUUUGCUAUUCUGUGUACCACAUUGGCCUUGACAUUCACUUAUUACAGAUAAAAAUCAAUUGUCAUAAACCAAACCUUACCACAGAUACCACACUGUGCAAUCAGAAAUUAUUUUCCCACAUAUUACUGUAGGGUUGACUGCAUAGUGACCCACAAGUAACAUGUGACCUGCAAGUUAAAUUUGUAUAAGAAGUUAAGCAGGAGGCAAACAGUUUGAAUCUUGCAUGGGAUGACUAUCCUGACUGAGGCUUUUCAUGGUUUUCUCGGUCUCUCAACCACGAUAAUAUCUUAACUUAGGCCACAAUCACUUCAACUCACAUUAUUUGUCCUUCAUUAUUCACUGUCAUCUAAUAAUAUUAUACUAUGUAGUCUGACCUAACAACAGUGUUGUUAACUAAACAGCAAAUCAAAUAAAACAAUAAUAUUGAUGGCAGUGAAUGAUUUGUACAGGACAGUUUAUUCCUUAUAACAUACCACACAUACCGACAACAAAACAUGAAUAUUUUAGGUUAUGGCUGGUCCAUAUGAAGAUUCUGCAACACAAACCUUUGCGAGUGUAAAGAAAUUCAUCAUUGACAAAGGAAUUAAGUGAUUUUGUUGAUAGAACACUAGAUAUAAUGCAGCACUUUUUUUCUUUUUGUUGUUCUUUAUGUUAAGCAGUGAAUUUGAUAUCAUUGACAAUAUUAAUAUUUGUCACUGUUCAUUCAGACACUCCAAAUUCUUUGUCCAGCAAACGUGAGUACAAAUACUGAUAAUAUAAAAAUCGGUGGACAGUGUAAAUAUUGAAAGGGAUAAUCCAUCGAUUCUGCAAAGAAACAAAAACUUUUUAUCAGUUGCUUUAGUUGGAAGUCUGUUGAUAUUUCCAAGGACAGAGUACAAUAGGAAACUGCAAAGCAAUGAAUCAGGCCUAUAUCUACAAUAAGAGAAUUAAUAUCGUUUUAUUAUUUUUAUAUGUUUUAACAAUUUAAAGUAAUCUAACAAGGUUUCUGAUAUAAUCAUAUAAGAUAAAAUAACACUACUACGUAAGUUAAUGGAAGUAGCAUUUUCCUUAAUUUCAAGCUAAUAAUGUUGAUAACAUGUAUGAAAAGAUCUGUAGUCUUGGUAAUAAGAAUUCUGAAUUUUGUUCUGACCCAGUUAUAAAUGCAUCAUUUAAGACCUGAUUAUGAAAAUUUAACUAAUAAUAAAAUAAAUCACCCGGGGGGGGGGGGGGAUGUGGGAACUGCCCACAUAUCUAUAAUACUUGCGUUAUGUAUCUGAAUGGUUAUCCAGCAACAAAAAUAUUUACUAUGAACCCUGCCCUUGAUUCUUCAUCAGUACUGCAGUCUUCUAGGGUCUGAUACUGUGUAGUGUGAUAGAUGAUUACCGAAUUUUGGAGGAGUCUGCUGCUUCCAAAUUCUUCUACCCAGACUGCAGAUGUCUGUGAGAACCUUAAACAUCAUUUAUUGCCAUUUCGUUCCCUUUGCCAUGUAAAAUGGGAUAAAUAAGAAGUGUGAUUUAAGGUUUCAUAGUGGUGACCAAGAAGGGUACUGUCUCCUGGGAUGUCACAUCAUAGUCUGGUAGAACAUUAGUAUUGUUUCAGAGGGAUAUGCUCCUCAAUCUCCAGGGUACAUUCAUCUGCCCUGAAGAGUAUACAUUGCAUCCCAGAAGGCAGUGAUCUAAAUAAGAUCAAUUGACUAUAAUGUAUUAUGUAAAAUAUAAGAUGUCAAUUUUUAUGGAUAGCAUAUUGUUAAGUGUGGGUGCCAGGAGGGGCAUGGGCAGCCAGGUAUCUGCCCCAUCCCAUACAUUUUUGGAGAAAAUUAAAAUAUGAGGAAGAAGGAAAUAUACAAGAUAUUAGGGCCAAACAUUAAAAGCACUAAAAAAAUUAUUCUUCUGCCUUGAAUACUCUAUGGUGAUCAGUAAAAAUGGCCUAAACCUUUAGGUUUAUAAGAAAAUAUUCUGGCUGCCCUCUUUGGAAAAUAUCCUGGGAGCACUCAUGUUAUUAGCUAACAUAAGAUAAAUUAAAAUGUUUUAAAAGUAAAAUGACUGUUUAUUGUUGGAAGUUGUUACUGAAAAUAUGGUCUACGCAUUAUAAUUUGGCUGUAGGUGGUAUCAAAUGAAGAGGAAAACAUAGCGUCAAGGUGACCUAAUGUAUCUAUCAAUAUUUUUUUUAUAAAUAAAAUUACACAAAGGUGAAUUGUUAUCCUUAAUGUUAUAUUUUA